UAAUAUAUAAUUUAUCCGUUGAAUUUUACAAAAAUAUUCCUUUAUUUUAACAGUAACAGUAGGAUUGGGUAGAACAUAAACUGAAGUGAAUAGAAUUAUUUUGAUAAAAAAACUCGACAAUGAAGAUAAAGCAUAUAGUGAAGAAACUUGGAAUAAUAUUAGUGGUUUUAGGACUAGUCACGACUUGGGAGUAUUAUAUUAACCCGAAAAGAAAAAUUGCAUUAACAGAAAACGGAAUAUAUACAAAUAGUACAAACAUGAGUGAUAGCAAUAUUUUUCACACGGUAACAAAAAUACAUGUAAAUGAAACAAAGAAUACUGAUAAACCGGUCAACAAGAGUUUGGUGCUAAAACUAUUUUAUAGUUCGCCAUUGAAGGCCUCAAGUAUCACCACAGAAAACGAGUUAAUGUUUGUCUCAAAGGAUGAUAAAUAUUUUGAGGGACACUCCUUUGCGCUGCAAGCUUCAUCGUCUUCAAACGUGAAAAGUAAUCGCACCGAAAUGUACAACUCAUCAGUAAAUCAUGGAAAAUCAAGGGUAAGCUACACCAACAGCACAAUAUUGCAGUCUUUCCUGCAGAAAAAGAAAGCUGAAUCUUCACCAAGCCUCGGCGUUACCAAGAGUGAGGGGGCGCUGCAGGACUCCUGGUGGGCCGGGAGAAGGGAAGAGUUUGCCCGUCGCUCAAGAAUCGUCAGGAAGGUGUGUCUUCAGUUCAUGGUCGGCCACAACACGUCCGCCAAGCAAAGUCUGCCCAACAUCCUACCAAAAGCUUCCAAUGACACGGGUUCCUACGUCGAGCAAGUCAUCCUCAACAGGUUCCUCCUGGCCCGCUCAGCCUCCACCAUGACCUGCCUCAUCAAUAAGGUGGCAUCGACAUCCCUGGCCGUGAGUCUCCUGAAGGCUGACGGUCGGCCAGUGCCCUCCCAGUGGAGCAAGGUGCUCUCACCCCACAAUGCCGUUGCAGUACUCAGACCCCAGACUGAAGCAGAGUUUAAUUUCGCAAGAAAACACUUCUUCAAGUUUGUUUUGGUGCGUCACCCCUUCGAGCGACUCCUCUCAGCCUACAGAGACAAGGCAAGUCAAAUGUCACUUCUGUUUCCUUUGACCUUUAAUAAACACAGAUUUUUACAGGUAUCCUUACACUUUUCUAACUAUUAAAGAAAUUUCAAUAUUUACACUUUUUGUUAUAUUA